AUGUCCUCUAAUUUGUCAAUAGUUACGCCGAAUAUUUUAUCAGUAUGUACGUUUAAUAUUCUUGCACCCUGUUAUAAACGUUUAUCAUCAGAAUAUGAUCGGGAAAGUUCUCAUGAAUCUCUUUGGCAAUCGCGUCAUUCAUCAAUAAUCAAACUUCUUCAAUCUCUUCAAAUUCAUUUAAUUUGUUUACAAGAAUUUUGGCUAAAUGAGCCGUCAUUUUUGCAAUUAUACCAAUCUUAUCUGUCACCAAAAUAUUCUUUUCAUUAUGUUCAAAGAACGCAUGAUCUUGAUGAUGGUUUAGCAAUACUUGUUGAUAAGAAUUAUUUCAAAGUCAUUGAUAAAUAUGAUCUUCUUCUACAUGAUAUUGGUAAUCGUGUUGGUCUUUUACUUAAUCUUGAAUAUGAUGGAAAGUGUUUACUUUUAAUAAAUGUUCAUUUAACAUUUCCACAUAAUUCAUUCGAUCGUCAAUUAAGAUUAACUCAAAUGAAAAAGUUUCUUGAAUUGAUUAAUGAAUAUCAAACUAAACAUAAUCUUAUAGAUAAAUGUUCAAUUAUAAUUUGUGGUGAUUUGAAUUCAUCGUUUGAGAAUGAUCCAGUUUAUCAAUUAUUAGAAAAACAAUUUCAAUCAUCUUAUUUUGUCGUCCACGGAAAAGAAGUCAAAGUAACUCAUUUAACACAUCGUAAUGAACAACUAGGCGUUGAUUAUAUUUUUUAUCGAUCAAAUAUUCUUCAAUCUAUUUCAAGUGAAUUAAUACCUCGUGGUUGUAAUGAACAAUUAUGGAAUGAUACUAGUGGAUGGACAUUAAGUGAUCAUCGUGCUGUUCUUUCGACAUUUCAAUAUAAACGGAAUAUUGAUACCAAAAUGGAUUUUUAG